CUUAAAUUAGCAAUUUGUUUAUCUAAUUGCUCACCUAUAUCCAUAAGUCCUCUUCCUCCUAGAUUCCGUGGUAAUGUUGUUCUUUCUACUGCACUUUUAGGAUGGUGUUUUUGUGCCUUUGUGAGGUGUGUUCGUACUUUUCGCUGUAGAGCUUCUAUAUCUGUUUUUGUCCACUUAACAAUACCAAAUGAGUAGCUAAGCGCGGAACAUGCGUAGGUGUUUAGUGCCUUAAACAAAUUUCUACUGUUAAGGUGUGAGCGAAGCAGCUGUUUUACCCUUCGUAUAAACUCAGUAGUUAUCUCUGUUUUCAUUUGUUUAUGGUCAAUUUUCCGCGCCUGCUUUACCCCAAGAUAUUUAUACAUAUCGUUUUCACCCAUGGCCUCGAUGUUCUGGCCAUUUUGCAUAUCGAAUCCUCCGGGCUGUACUUUUCCUCUGACUAUAUUUAAAAUACGGCACUUGUCUAGUCCGAAGUGCAUACUAAUAUCAUUAGAAAAAGUUUCUACAGUUUUUAGCAUCUCGUCGAGUUGGUUUCGAGUGGAAGCCAUUAAUUUCAAAUCAUCCAUGUACAAUAAAUGAUUAAGCUUCGCCAUCACAUUGUUGUUACUUUUAAUGCUAAAACCUGCAUCUGUGGAGUUCAAUAGCUGAGAUAGUGGGUUCAUAGCUAGACAGAACCACAGAGGACUCAACGAAUCUCCUUGAAACAGGCCCCGGCUGAUUGCGAUAUUUUCAGUUUCGAUGUUAUUUUCACCAGGUAUUUGAAGGUGAAUUCUAGUUUUCCACUCUGUCAUUAUAUGUUGUAAAAAGGUCACUAUAUUAUCAUCGACUUUAUAUAUUCUCAAUAUAUCUAUAAGCCAUUCAUGCGGCACUGAAUCAAAGGCCUUCUUGUAAUCAAUAAAAGCAGUAAAUAGGUUCCUCUUUUUGGAAUAUGCUUGAUUAGAAAUGACCGAGUCGAUGAUAAGUUGUUCUUUGCAACCCAUGGAACCCUUAGCGCAUCCUUUCUGUUGAGGCUCUAUGAUAUUGUUCAGAGCACAGUGUUGGUAGAUACGCCGGGCUACACAGGAUGUGACCAAUUUAUACAAAGUUGGAAGACAAGUAAUUGGGCGGUAUUUUGCUGGAUCUUGGGUGUUAUUUUGAUCUUUCGGUAUUAAAUAAGUAGUUCCCUGAGUUAGGAAUGAUGGUAUAUCCUGCGGAUUAGAAAUAACAUUAUUAAUUAGUGUCGAUAAGCAUUUAUGAGCACUCCAAAACUUCUUGAGCCAAAAGUUUUGAACUCCGUCUGGUCCAGGAGAUUUCCAGUUAUGAAGCUCUUUGAUGAUAUUUGAGACUUCUUCAGUGGUGAAGGGUUCGUAGAGAGUAGUGGUGUAGUGUUGGCAGUUCUGUGCCGUAUCUUCUAUCCAUCCAGCAUUGUUGUUAAGAGCAGCUGGUGUGGAAAGUUGAUUUCCCCAAAACUCAUGAAUUUCUUCUUGGCUUGGAUAAGACUUAUCGAGAUUUUCUACGGUGGAAUUGAGUUUUCGAUAGAACGCCUUCUCAGCAGUCUCAAAAAGGGCAUUGACGGAUUUUCGGUUGUUACUCACUUUGUACCUUCUUAGUCGUCCUGAAUAAACUGAGAGUCUUUGUUUUAAUGUAUCCAGGCACUGUUGGGCUGUGUUGUUUUCUGGAUCGUAUCUUGAGUGUCUUGCAGUAUUCCGUAUUAUUUCUUCAGCUCUCCUGAUGACUCUUGUACUUCUUACACCUCGUAUAUAUUCUGUGACUUGACCAAUAUCCCUACGCAGCAAUUCAAUCUUUCCGAGCAGUCUUUUUUCCCAGGGUGCAAUUCUGCUACCAGUCCUUCCGUUAUUAGUACCCUGUCGUGUUCUGAUCUUAAUGCCCAUUACAUUAGCAAUUGCUGUUGCUGCGCAGUAGAUUAGCAUGUGCAGAUACUCUAAUGUGUGGGCUUCUACGACUUCUUAUUAUUAUUAUUAUUAUUAUUAUUAUUAGUCCCCUAUUAGUCCAGUUGUCAGAGGUUUGCUAAAAAUGCUAGAAGAUGCAAAAAAGUUUGCUACUCCUACUUGCUAACCACUUUUGUUUUCUCUCUUAUCAACUCAUUUCUCUUUUACCCAUUAGUCUUAUGUGCAACAUUUGUCUUUCCAAUGCUCUUUGAGUUUUCAUGAUUUUGUCAACGUUUGCUUUUGUAAACGUGCACGUCCAUGUAGGCUAUUAGGUCUGUAUAUUUGUGGUCAAUUCUGCAGUUAUCAAAGAACUUUUCACUGCCCAAUAUUCGACACUGUCGAAAGCCUUUUCGAAAUCUAUAAACGCUAUAUAUAGAGGAAUGUGGUAUUCAUUUGCUCGUUCUAUAAGGAUUUUCAUACUUAAUAAAUGGUCACUUCUGCUGAAUCCCUUUCUAAAAACAGCUAACUCUGGGUCCUUUUUUAGUUUUGUGUGUAAGAUCCAUAUGUGACCAAUUCUUGAAUUUUCUCCUGAUAUUGAUUUUGUCCAUAAUUACAGUUAGAUUGCCCUUGCCAGCAGAAUAUUAUUAUGGAUUCAUCUUCUUUUAAAGCGUUGAUAGCUUUUAGUUCUUCUGAUUAAAAUCAGAAUUUGAUGUUGUAUCACCGAGAAUUUGAUGUUAUAUCAUCAAUUCUUGCAAUUUCCUGUUUUAUUAAAUAUAUAAAUAUAAUUUUCCUUACAAUGCAAUCAAUUGCAGCUUAAUCCCAUGUAAGCAUAAACUUUAACUACUAUAUUUUUUAUAUUAUUAACCUGGUUUGAACCCUAUACUUUAUUUACAAUCAAGAUGCACUGGAAAUAAACAAACCCAGACAUUUGAAUGUUACAAAAAGCACUUCCGAAUCAUGAUUUACAAUGUAUCAACAUUGUAAAUGAUGAUUUGGAAUUUAUACAAUGUAUAUAAUUGUAAAUCAUGUUUUGGGAAUUCUCCUUGUAACAUUCAACAUGUCUUGGUUUGUUUAUUUCUAGUGCAUCUUGAUUGUAAAUAAAUCAAGUAUAAGUUCAUAUAGGUAAUCUUCUACCCAAGGACCUCCUUUGUCUACGUUUCUCUUGUGUUCUAUUCGUAUUCUUGAUGCAAUGAUUAUUUUGCAUUUAAUUGACAUACAUAUCGCACCCUCAGUGCAAGACUGCAGUAACUCAAAAAUUUAUGAAAAUAAAGUAAUCAUGGAAUUCGAUUGUAAACAUGCAUAUAUAUCCCCCUGUAAAACUUUAGUAACUUUCAAAUGCUUAAUGGGCUAAAUAUUACAACAACAACAGUUUAACUAUUUUGCGUUUUUAAACAUAAGUUCCGUGCAAAACUGUUGUAACUCUAAUGUAACAGAGUUACAACAGUUUUGCACGGAACAUUGCAACGGAUUCGAUAACAAGCAAUGAAAAAAGUAAGAUAUUUGUUAUUUUAAUAUCUAUAUCUGUGGUGUUUAAUUUUAAUAUACAGCGCGUCUACGUAGUCCAUUAACGACUGAGACAAUAAACAAAGAUUUUCGAGACCAAUCUAUUUAUGUAAAUUUUAUGUCCUUUGUGUGAUAUUAUAUUUAUUUUCCAUAAGAUGUGUGCCAUGUCGUUUGACCAUUUAUUUGUUAGAUUGGAUUAAAACCACAUAAAUUAAGACUAAUUAUUUACGACCAAAAAGUAUUUUUUCUCAUGAAAGGAAAAACAGUUAUCUUAAAACUUGUGUACAUAUUGACAAUACUGAGAGGUCAAAAAUAUCUAUUAUCAGAAAACUUGCCAAAGAACAGCCAAAAAUUCAAAUGGCCAAAAAGAAAGAUUUGGUAUACUUAUGCCAUUCGGGUAUGAUACCAGAAGCCCACCAUAGUUUUUAUAAAAAUAUUUUGGCACAAGAUGAUGUACGAGAAGAGGAUAAUAACUACGGUAAAACCGGUCAGCAACGGACACUAAAAAUGAAAGAACUAUUGGCCGGUAUUGCCAGUUUUUGUAGUCUAGAUAUACAUAAUUGGUUUGGGGAAUUUUUAAACUGGCUGUUAGUACAGGUGGCCGUUAACACAGGUUUUACUGUAAAAGUAAAUGUGUCUACACUUUUUACAAUUUUCUCCUUGCAAAACUGUUGUAACUUGAAAUUCUAAUACUAAAUGUGUAGCGAUUAACAAUUUUUUCCGUGCAAAAGUGUUGUAACUUUGAAAUUCCUAAGUUUUUUGCAUUAAUAUUAUUUUAUUUAAAUUUCUAUUUUUGGUUAAUGUAAUAUAGGCUAAGAAGCAGGCAAAAUCAUAAUCAAAUGUUAAUUUUUCUUAAAAGUUGUGUCUUAUUUCACCGAUAUUAGCACGAAAAUAAACAAAAUCGUCUUUAUCUCGAAACUUACUUAUUUUGACUUACUGCAGUCUUGCACUGAGGGUGCGAUAUGUAAUCAUUACUUAGCAAAAAUAAUAGGGCAAGAGAUAAACCAGCACAAAACAAAAUACAUGACUAUAUAUAGGGAAGGACGACACAAAAACUCAAAUCCUAAUAACACAGAAUCAUAAACUUGAAACUGUAUCCACCUUUAGCUACUUGGGAGUAACUAGAGGGAAAACCGGAAAAGAGAGAACAGAGGAAAGAAUUCUGAAAGGCAAAAAACAUGGAAUGAAUAGAAAUCUGCUGAGAUGCAAGGCUCUAAGUAAGAGAACAAAGAUUAACUUAUAGAAGACCUUAAUCAGACCUUUUGUUACAUAUGGGAUGGAAACAACGCAGAUUAACAAGGAGGAAGAUAGCCUUCUGAAAUUUGAAAAAAAAAGUGUAAUGAAAACGAUACUGAGCCACAAUGUAACAUGAGAAGGGGAAAAAAGAAUGAAAACAAAUGCCGAAAUUGAAGAAGAAUUAAAGGAAAAAAAUCUAGUCAGAUACAUAAAAUCUCUUCGUUUGGAAUGGAUAAGACAUAUACAGAGACGCCCACACUCUAGUGAUGUUGAUUAUAGUUACUUUCGAGCAAUCGUUACAAAUCGUUACUUUUGUAUAAAGUAAUCAUUUACAGUAUUCGUUACUUUGAUUGCUUUUGUAUUUGAGUAUUUACCGGUAAUCAUAUGGAGAAUCGCAUUUCUCAGUACAUAUUUUGUAUUAGUAGGAUAUUUUGAUUACUAUGAUUACUUUUGUAUUUGAGUACCGGUAAUCAUAUCGAGAAUCGCAUUUAUCAGUAUUUCGUAUAAGAUCCGAUAUAACAAACGACCUUCACCGAUCUAUAUGGAUAGAAAUUAAAUGAUAUGUAAUCUAUUAUGUUAAAAAUUAUUAACAAGGGGUGCCCGACAUAAUUUUGUCCAGACUAAUAAAUAAUUAAAAAGGAAUUUUUUUUAUAAAUUCUACUAAUUUUUUGGCCCGGGCAGAUAUUAUUUUAGAUUUUUGGAUAUUUUCGACUACAGUUGUCAUUUGUAUGGAACUGCCGCAAAGACACAUUUGAAUAAAUUAGAAAUACAAAAAAAUAAAUGCCUUCGAAUUUGUCUUGGAUAUUUGAAGUCUACACCCGUUAAUGUAAUGGAAGUUGAGGCGAUAGAACCACCCCUGGAAUUUCGACGACAGUUUUUAAGUGAUAAAUUCAUUACUAGAACCAUAGGAAAAAAUACAAACUAUUUGCAGAAUAUACAUAAGUUAUCAAUUUUAGAUCUAACUCAUAAAUAUUGGACAAAGAAAAAAUGUUCACUUCUUGUAGAUAGUUACUUGAAAAUAUCUCAAUACCGAAGUACUUUCUAUAAUUAUGAAAAUCAAGUUUCACCUAUGUAUUCCCAUGUAUUAGAAGAUCUUUUCUCAAAACAAAUUAAUACUUUUUUUAUGGAUAUUAAUUUAAAUCCAGCCGUUUUUCAAUCAUUUAUACUUCAUAAAUGGCCACAUUAUCAGUUUUACUAUACAGAUGGAUCCAAAGUACAAAAUAAAGUAGGAUGUGCAAUAAUAAAUAUUCAAAGUGGAUUUAAAAAAUUAUUCAAAUUGUCAGGUGAAUCAUCGAUAUACACUGCUGAAAUAAUGGCGAUACUUUUUGCUUUAAGGCACAUAUAUAGUAACGAACCCUAUAGCUGCAUAAUAUUUACAGACAGUAAGAGUAUCGUUGACAGACUAACUUACGUACAUAGGUCCCAACAACUAAAUCAUAUAGAACUGGAAAUUAUGACUCUUUAUAAUAAAAUUACAAAUUUGGGAAAAAACAUCAUUAUAUCAUGGAUAAAGGGACACGCGGGCAUUAAGGGUAACGAAAUAGUAGACAGGCUAGCCAAAUCCGCCCUAGAAAUAGGCGAAGAACCUGCCCUGAACUUAUUACCCAUUUCGGAUAUUGAUAUUAUUAGUAAACGACAUCAAAAAGAAAACUGGCAAACGUAUUAUCCAAACACGAGAACUGGAAGUAAUUACAAACAAAUGCAGCCUGAAAUUCCCAUAAAAAGAUGGUUUUAUUCUGUAUCAAAUCGCCAUUUCAUAAGAGUUAUAAAUAGAUUGAGAUGUAAUCACGCUCUUACUCCCCUUCAUAUGUUCAGUUUGGGUCUCACAGAGUCACCUAACUGUGAGUGUGGACAAGAAGAUGAUCUACUACAUAUUCUCCUCGAAUGUUCCCAUCAAUCAGUAAAUAUAAACACAUUUUAUGAUAAUCUUAAUAUUUUAAAAAUUCCACUUCCCGUCUACCUAAACAAUUUGAUUUUUUCUGAAGAUAUUAAUAUAUUAAAAACAAUUUACGAGCAUAUCAAAAACUGUAAAUAUAAAUUGUAGCAACAUAAUUAACCCUAUAUUUAAGUAAUUUUGUUAAAACAAAACAGGCAUGUUUGUUAAAACAAAACAAACAUGUUUGUUUUGUUGUUAUUUUUUUUAACCCUCUAGAUUUAAGUAAUUAUUGUAUAUUAUAAAAAAGAGUAAAAAAAAAAGAGAAAAAACUAAGAAGAUGUAUACCUCCGCGAAGUUGAAUCGGGUUUAUGUCUUAGCGUAGUAAAAAAAACAAUUAAAAAAAACAUUAAAAAUAUAUAUAUAUAUAUAUAUAUAUAUAUAUAUAUAUAUAUAUAUAUAUACAAAAAAAAAUAUUCAAGCAGCAGCGAGAAGCGGAACUACCUGACUUGACAAUGGCAAGUGAGAUCUUGCCGAAACGUCGUCAAAAUAAUGGUUUUUAUCAAAACCAAAAUUAUUCAACGCGGAGUCAAACCCGGAAAACAACAGAAAGCACAAGAAAACAAGAAAACAGAAAGCACAAGAAAGCACAGAAACUUCAAGUGUAACACAAAAAAAAAUAAAUAUAUACAAAAAAAAAAUAUUUACAUCCAAAAUAAUGUAUUUAUUUAGAUAGUAGUAUGUUAGUGUAUUAUGUACAUAUAUUUAGACUUAAAAAUACAAAAAAAUUCCUCUGAUUGAAAAAAAAAUAUUUGUUUUUAAAAUAAAAUGUCUGGCUAAUUGGCUCAGCCAAGGCCAUCAAAUUCACACACAAAAAAAGAUUUUUGGAUAAUAAUAAAAUACACAUGGACCCAAGGCAUUUAGGAAAAAUAAAUUAUUUUUAGGAAAUAGUGAAACAGGACAUCUGUGAAUUAUCUACCUCGACAAAUCGUAUUUUAUCGUAUAGACAUCUGUUUCUGGGUGCAUGCUUUGUUAAAUGAUUUAGCUGUUUCAGCUACUUCUUAGAGCUCUGUAAUCCUGUAAACCUCUUCAUAUCCUUCGCCCUUCAUAGAUAAAAUUUUAGUUAACUGUACUGAUACCGAACACUCGUGGAGUACCGGGCCGAUUCCGAUAUCAACCGAUUGUAGAUACAAUACUCAAAUAGGUACUUGCUCUGAUACGAUUCGUACAAAGUAAUCAAAGUAACGAUUUGCCUCUGUAUAGUAAUCGUUACUUUCGGUAUUCGUAAGUAACGAGUACUUUGUAACGAAUAGUUACUUUUUCAACCUCACUACCACACUCAGAUAUGUUGAGAAGAAUAACUAACUGGACACCACUAUGGCCCAGGUGUAGAGAAAAGCCUAGACGAAGAUGGCUGGUUGAUGUAGAAGAAGAUAUAAGAACAAUGAAUGUUAAAUACUGGAAAGUUCAGUGCAAGGACAGGAAGAAAUGGAAAAU